GCUCAGGGCGGGGCGAGCCGUGCGGUUGCCAGGCGCUGGUCACUUGUGCGGGAAGUGCUGCUGAUAUUUCAGAGCGUCACGGGCGCGUUACAGACGCAUCGAGCGCAGAUUAUGAUCCGUGACGAGCUCGCUCGCGUCACCGGAUCCGCGCGCACGGCGAGAGUUCUACGGCUUUAACCGGGAGAUUAUUAACAAGUUCAGCGAGUAUCUCAGCGGCUAACGGGACUAGCUGGUUAGCCGACACAUCGCGAAUAAUUUCAGUUAAUCGAGUGGAUCGAUGAUCAUGGAGAAGAAGCGGACGGACUGUCCGGCGCUUCCGCCCGGCUGGAAGAAGGAAGAAGUGAUCCGGAAGUCCGGACUGAGUGCUGGAAAGAGUGAUGUGUAUUACUACAGUCCCACAGGAAAGAAGUUCAGGAGCAAGCCGCAGUUGUCCCGUUACCUGGGCAACACUGUUGAUCUGGGAUGUUUCGACUUCCGAACGGGUAAAAUGAUGCCCAGUAAAAUGCAGAAGAACAAACAGAGAAUGCGCAGUGACAAUCUCAGCCUGUCUAAGGGUAAGCCGGAUCUGAACACAGCUCUACCCAUCAGACAGACAGCCUCGAUCUUUAAACAGCCGGUCACUAAAGUGGUAAACCAUCCGAACAACAAAGUGAAAUCAGAUCUUCAGAGAGCGACGGAACAGCCGCGACAGCUCUUCUGGGAGAAGCGUUUGAAAGGACUGAGAGCUUCAGACGUGACUGAGGAAGUUCUCCGAACCAUGGAGCUGCCCAAAGCUUUACAGAGUAUAGGUCCAGACUCAUCAGAUGAGACUCUUCUGUCAGCUCUAGCGAGCGCUUUACACAUGAGUUCAGCUCCCAUCACAGGUCAGACGUCGACGGCCGCUGAGAAGAAUCCGGCCAUAUGGCUGAACACAGCCCAGCCGCUGUGUAAAGCCUUCACCGUCACAGAUGAAGACAUCAGGGAUCAGGAGCUGAAGGUUCAACAGGCCCGUCGCAGUCUGGAGGAGGCGCUGAUGGCCGACAGUUUGGCACGAGCUGCUGAAUCUUCUCAAGACAUUGAGGGCAAAGAAGCAUAAAGACUGAGCAGGCCAGCUUUAAUCAACACAUCCAAUCUCAUCACAUUGACUGGACCCCAGGUUGGCUGACUCCUGGCUCCAAUUAGCUCUUGGAGAAGUCAUCAGCCUAGGGUUUCACAUACUUUUUCCACCCUGCACUAUGAAUGUUUACAUGUUGUGUUCAAUAAAAACAUGAAAACGUAUAAUGUUUGUGCGGUAUUAGUUUAAGCAGACUGUGUUUCUCUAUUGUUGUGACUUAGAUGAAGAUCAGAACACAUUUUAUGACCAAUUUAUGAAGAAAUCCAAGUAAGCCCAAAGGGUUCACAUACUUUUUCUUUCAACUGUACAUCUCAAUAUAAACAGAAAAAGAGUUUUAAUUAAAGUUCUCAAUGAGGGUGACAGUGUCAGUUUGUGUGUGUUGUUCUGUCAGUGUUGUGUUGUGUUGUGUUGUGCUGGUUGUUCUUUGGUCGUGGCAGGACUUGACAUAUCU